AGACCACCAGGAAUUAUAAAUCUCUCAUUCCCUCUUCAUUUGCCUCCCAAUUCUCACUCUCUCAACAACAGAAACACAAUUUUCUAUCUCUUCCUUUCAUUUCACACUAAACAAACUCCUCAUUUCUUAUGCCUUUCAUUAUUUUAUAUCACUUUUCCUCCUUCUCACACACUAUACAUGUCACCUUUGCUCCUUCGCACCAGCAAUAGUUAAUAUAACUACAAAUUCUCUCUCUCUCUCUCUCUCUCACAGCAAAUUAUAGGAUCACCUUUCAGAGCUACACACAUCUCCCAAUCGGCUCCAUUAUCCCAGAACUAGCUAGAACUAUAACUAUAUACACAUAUAUAGCUUGUCUCUAGUUCUGAAGAAAAAUGGGCAACUGUUUUGUUCUCUCCAAGCCGGAGAAAGUUUUGAGGGUUGUGAAGACAGACGGGAAAGUUUUAGAAUUCAGGGCACCAACUCUUGUUAAGGACAUGUUGAUGAACUUUUCGGGCUCUGGUAUUAGUGAAUCAAAGCAAGCCUCAGAGCUUCUCCCUCCUAAUUACAAACUGAAGCUUGGGAAGGUUUACUAUAUGAUUCCUCUUCUGGGUUCUGUUGCAAGUUAUGCGAGCAGUGCAGGUAUUAUUUCAUCUGUGGAUGUUACAGAAAAGGACCGGGCUGCUACAAGAAGGAUUAAGAUCGUCAUAACAAAGCAACAGCUUCAAGAGCUAUUGACAAAGCAAAUAUCAGUACAGGAGGUUCUUUCAACUUCAGGGCUUGAACAGAAAUCAUGUUUGUCUAAUGAUUCUUCAACAAAUUGGAAGCCGAAGCUUGAAUCCAUCCCUGAACUUGAAGGAAGCGAGUAGAGUUACUUUCCAGCGUUUUGUUCAUAACCAUAACUUACUUUGCCAGAUAAGAGAGGCUCAUAGAUGCCCCCCGCAUGUUAUAAUUAUAUACUGUAGAUUAUGGAAUUGAAUCAACAUGUUUUUAUCAGUUUAAUGCUUUCUUGCGAAACACGUACUGAAUGGCAUUAAUAUUUUUCCA